AGAGCGCAUCAGUAUUACGAAUGUGACAGUCUCUAAAGAACAUCUAUAACAUUAGAUGUAAAGGUACUUGUUUCAUCGCCAUUUGUAUUUCUCUUUUUGUGAUGCUUUUGUUUUCAUCGUCUUCAUCAAAGGGCCAAGUGUAAGGCGAACGAUUUAUUUAUCUUGAGAAAAUUCCAAUUUGAAAGGGGAACCGUAUUUUAGAAGAAGAAAAAAGAGUUUCAACGUCGGUGACUUUCUUUAACCAUAUUUCUGCGAUACGCAACUAUAUUUCAACAUGUUUUACAUUCUCAAAUUUGUCAUAGUGGCUACGACUUAGCGUCCUAUCGGAGGGACGGAUAAAGGAAGGACAGGAGAUGGGAAUUAUUUACCAGUGGAAAGAUUCCAGGCCAGCAGGCAAAGUUCCGUUUGUGGCAUACUCUGUCUACAUCUGUUAAAUCAGAAAACGUUUUUGAUUUGUAACCAUGAAAACUACAUCGACAUCUAUCGUCUUCACAAUCUUCUCCAUACUGUCAUCAAUUGGAUACAAUCAUUGUAUUCCGCAUAAUCUGUCGAUGAAAAAGGGACAAGCCAACUCCAUGAAAAUUAAGGCCAAAUACAAGAUACCUCCGCCUGUUUCCGGUGAGCUUUUAACCCCUCGAGCGGUCGAACUGAUGCUGGUUCUACAUCACGAUCUAUCCCGUUACCAUGGUGGCGACACGAUAAACUACAUCACCAAUAUUUCAAAUCAGGCAGCGGACUUAUGGAGUGAUAUCCCAAACCUUGGUGUCAAUAUUACAGUCAGAGUCACCAAGACUGUUUUUCUGAAGGAUGAUACGAACUCCUUACCCAUUGAAUCAGAUGCGAAUCAACUUCUAAGACAUUUCUGUAAUGAUUGGCAGAAUGAAAAUAAAUACUGGCAUAGGGGCGAGUUCGACGCCAUGAUUCUUAUUACAAGAGAGGAUGUUCACCUCAAUAACAACUACAAUGCUACGGGGCUAGCCUAUAUGCAUGGGGCAUGUGAUGAGGGCUACCAGUGUGUCGUGGUACAGGAUACUAGCCCGAUGGGGACCGCAAUAACAUUGGCACAUGAACUGGGACACUUACUUGGUAUGUAUCAUGACGGUCAGUUCAAUGGAUGUAUAGACCGGACCAACCUGAUGAGUGGAUACACAGUGAGCGGGGCACAGUCAGUCCGAUGGUCUACAUGCAGUACCAAGUCCCUUUUGGAAUACCUCAAAUUGCCGCGAUCUCAGUGUCUGCAGAACAUCACCUCACCAAGUGCUGUUCGGUUGACCACUCAAACUUUCCCUGGCCAGUAUUACGACACAGACCAUCAGUGCCGCAUCGCACUGGGCAGCAGUGCAAGGACGUGCCCCACGGGAAAGAGAGAGCUCUUCCAGAAGCUUUGCCAGCAUCUGAAAUGUUUACAGCCAGCAAAGAAGAAAUGUGUUAUGACAAACCGCCCUCCGCUUGAUGGGACUCCAUGUGCAAUAAACAAGGUAAUCUACAUACCCAUGAUACUAAAUUAA